AUGAAUAGCAAGCAGUUGCAUAGUACAAGGCCUGAACCAUUAACAGUGAACAAGAAGUCCUCGAAGAUCAUGAAGAAGCCACCACCACCAGUACUUCUGGACCGGAGUCGGUCACCUGUCAUCGUAUACUUAAGGUCGCCGAAGGUCAUCCAUGUAAGUCCUCAAGAGUUCAAGAGUCUGGUUCAAUACCUCACUGGAAAUCAAGGUUCAGCUGAAGUGUCUUCUAAUUGUUUUUCUUCUUCUUUGCCUUCUUCUUGUGUAAUGGAAGUUGAUGAAAUCAGUAGUCAUGAGGUCAAUUAG